AUGGUGCGUGCUUUAUUGCUUGCUUGUUUACGACCAUCGACGCUUACUACAACUACGAGUACGGCAUUGCAACGGCCUAUCGUGUCGAAAUUACCAGCUACUAUUCGCCAUGUUGCCACUUCGUGGAGGGUCAUGAUUCGACCCCACUACUACAAUCAGCCUGAAAAGUCGUCUUUAUCCAAAGCCUUGCAACAACAACGCAAUCCCAUUCGGCAAUUCCAACGACGGCUCGACAAUGCGAAUCCCAAUACGGUGCUGUAUGCGCUUUUAGGUGUCAACGGGGCCGUGUUUCUUGCGUGGCAAUAUGCAGUCAAUAGCUACAAAACAUUCGGCGACGGGCGUUGGCUCAACUUUAUGGCCGCCAAUUUCAUGAACUCGGCUGAAGCUUUCAAGCACGGACGAUUCCAUACGUUAUUGACAUCAUCCAUAUCGCACCGUGAUCUAGGCCAUCUUGGUCUUAAUAUGCUGGUGUUGUAUUCUAUGGGUCAGGCUGCUAUUGAAGCCCUCGGUGCCUCUCGAUUUCUAUUACUCUACAGUGGAGCGGGUAUUGCUGCAUCCUUGGCAACAUUGGCCUAUCGACAAUAUGUAAGACCUAUGCUGGAACGAAAACGUCUUGUUCGGGGAAGCGCUCCUUUUGGCUCAUUAGGUGCUUCAGGAUCUGUCAUGGGUAUCACUACUUUUUAUGCUUGUGCAUUCCCACGAACCACAUUUUUGCUCUUUUUUGUGAUUCCCAUGCCAGCCAUUGCCGUUGUUCUUGGUGUUGCAGGAUAUGACUUUUAUCAAGCUUUCACACUCAAGAAUGAGGUGGUUGACAGUGCUGCUCAUUUGGGCGGAACAGCUUAUGGUGCUGCCUACUGGUUCUUACGCGUGAGACCUUUGUUGCGUGCAGGUCGUUGGCGUGUUUAG